AUGAGAACAGUUGAUAGAAAAACAAUACAAAUCAAAAUAGCUGAUAUGGAGGAAUUCAUGCAGCAAGAAGCAGUGGAAUGUGCAGUCAAGGCAUUCGAAUCAAAUGAUGUUGAAAAGGAUAUUGCUUCCUCUAUUAAAAAAGAAAAUUAA